AUGUCUCUAGUCCGUAGAUUUCUCCUCUGUGGAGCACUGUUGUUUUCUUCGUGCCUUUCAGAGCAACCUCCGUCUCUCGAUGGUAUUCACAACUUUGCUAAUCGACUUUUCGAUGGACAAGCCGACUCCUUCUUCUUUGAGCUCACGGGAGACCACAAAUUGUGGUCUCGCUGGAAUCAACCCGUGAAUGAUAAUUAUACUGUUUUUGAGGAUGGCAGCGGGAAGAUUCGGGUGCAAGGUACUACGGUAAACGCCUUAGCACGUGGCCUUCGACAUUAUGCCAACGACAUCCUUCAACUCGACGAGUUUUGGUUCUUGGAUAGGCCCCAAGUACCCAAACCACUGCCUCGGCCAAAGCUUACAUUGACUGGAGCUAGCGUUGUCCCAUGGAGAUAUAAUCUUAACACUGUUACAUUUUCAUACACAUUUGCUUGGUAUACAUGGGACGAGUGGGAGAAACUCCUUGACUGGGCGGCAUGGCGCGGCAUUAAUUUGCAGCUCGCAUGGGUUGGCUAUGAGAAAAUAUUCCUAGAUAGCUUCCGCGAUCUAGGAAUGACUACCGAUGAGAUUCUAGCCUUUUUUAGCGGUCCAGCUUUCCAGGCGUGGAACAGGUUUGGAAACAUUAAAGGAUCAUGGGGUGGGAUGGGCAAUCUCACUGUCUCUUGGAUUGAGUCACAGUUUUCCAUGCAGAAAAAGAUAAUUGCUCGCAUGGUUGAGUUGGGAAUUACUCCGGUCCUGCCGGCCUUCCCUGGAUUCGUUCCGGAUGCCAUAACUCGCAUACGUCCCAACGCAUCCGUCACACGAGCACCCAACUGGCUGCGGGUGGAUGGCUACAGCCAAGACUAUUUUCUAGAUCCCCUCGAUUCGAUAUACGCAGAGCUGCAGCACUUGUUUGUGUCGAAACAGAUUAAAGCAUUUGGAAAUAUUACUAGUUUUUACACGCUAGACCAGUUCAACGAAAUGACGCCCGGAUCUAGUAACACCGAUUACAUCCGCAACGUGUCUAGGGCGACGUACCGUGGACUUACAGCAGCAAACCCUUCCGCUGUUUGGCUGAUGCAAGGCUGGUUGUUCUAUAGCAGCUCAGGGUUCUGGACACAACAGACUAUUGAUGCAUACUUGGAUGGCAUCGGGGAGAAGUCCAAUGCAUUAAUCUUGGAUCUCUAUUCUGAGAACUAUCCCCAGUGGCAGCGCACUAAGAGCUUCUCUGGCAGGCCUUGGAUCUGGUGCCAGCUGCACAACUUUGGCGGAAAUAUGAACCUUUUUGGCCAGAUAUCCAAGAUCACCAAGGGACCAAUCUCAGCGUUGGCGGAAUCUGAUACAUUGGUUGGUUUUGGACUAACGCCAGAAGGAUAUGAAGGUAAUGAGGUUGUAUACGAUAUCCUCCUCGAUCAGGCGUGGUCUGCAUCUCCCAUUGACACGAAGGAUUAUUUUCGCAAGUGGACAACACUGCGAUAUGGCGCUAUAAAAGCACUGCCAAAAUCUCUCUUUAAGGCUUGGGAUAUUUUGAGACAAUACAUCUAUGAUUCCACUAACCCGGACAUACCGUCGACUGGUGUUGGUGUUUACCAGCUGCAACCCAACCUGCGUGGACUCGUGAACCGGACUGGCCACUGGCCCGCCCCAACAGCGCUACACUACGACCCGGACAUGCUCAAGAAGGUAUUGGGCUUAAUGCUGCAGGCCGUGGCCGAUAAACGGUCAUUGGGAAACGCCGCAGCUUUCCAACUCGACCUGGUUGACGUGACCAGACAAGUGAUGACGAAUGCGUUCGACGACAUGUACUUGGACCUCAUCAGCACAUACAAUAGGAGUGUGGUGAGCAAUAACACAGCGGGCUCUUCGCGAGGGCCGGCAUUAAUUGCCAAAAAGGGCAAAAGACUCCUCGAUUUUCUUGAUGCUCUAGACUUUGUUCUCUCAACGCAGGAACACUUUACAUUUGACAAGUGGCUCUAUAGCGCCAGGGACUUAGCCCAAAGCCCCCAAGAGGUAGACCUCAACACAUUUAAUGCUCGCAGCCAGGUAACUGUAUGGAACUGGGACGCGCCGUUUUUGAAUGAUUAUUCUGCCAGGGCCUGGAGUGGCCUGAUUAAAUCCUACUACUAUCAGCGGUGGGCGAUUUUUAUCAAGGGUCUUGAAGAUGCUCUGAGGAAUGGUGUAUUGGAUGAAAAAGCAUUAAAUCAGAAGAUUCGUAUGUUUGAGAGGGACUGGCAGUACAUGGGCUCGACGGACUCUAGGCAAGCAAAGUCCACCGCCUUAAGUUCAUUGCAGCAAGUAAUAAAGCAGUGGCCGGAUGUAUUUAAAAUGAUCGUCUGA